UUGGGAGAGCUUCAGUCCCUGUGACUAGAUUGUGAUGAGAGUGGCAGGUUUCCGCCUCUCAAAGCAUCCUCAGAUUUCAGCACAGUCCUGACUAUCGGCACAAGUAGCCGGUGACAUGAUUCGCCAUGAACUAUUCAGAUCUGCCUGUUCUGACUAUACCCACAAGUAUUGAUAUCGUGAAUCGGAUAGCCUAUCCGGUGUAAUUCGCGGGGGACGUUGCGGGAGCAUGUUCCGAUUCUUGGUACAAACCCCCCAAACCCAAUUACCGUCAUAUUGUCGCUCAGCAGUGACACAGCAUGGUAACCGAAUGCAAUACCUAGCUCAUAAUGUAACUGAUAAUGCUGGCUGUACCUCAGAUGGGCAGUCAAAGGCCCAGGCUCGGGACAUGAUAAAUACCUAUAUAUCACCCCAUCAUCAACCCGUACUGAGUUCAAGCUCAUCAUCCUCACACUUUGCUUAUACAUACACUCUUUCAUAAACACAGACGAUGGAACAAUACGACGUCGCCGUAGUUGGUCUCGGUGCCCUUGGCAGCGCCGCAGCUUAUCAAGCUUCCAUCAAAGGCGCCAAAGUUGUUGGCUUCGAGCAAUUCGAACUGGGCCACGUUCGCGGCGCUUCGCACGAUACUUCACGUAUUGUCAGAACCUCAUAUGGGGCCCCUGAGUUCGUCGCCCUCGCUCGGUCAGCUUAUAAAGACUGGGCGGAGCUGGAGAGGCGGUCGGGAAUGAAGAUGCUGACUAUCACGGGAGGUGUCGUCUUUCUCCCACAGAAGGGGCCGACGCCAUCGAGUGACUUUACUACUAGUCUCGAUGCCAACGGCGUCCCCUAUGAGGUUCUCACGCCCGAGGAGACCAACAAAAGAUGGCCUGGGUUCAGUGUUCCUCAGGGCGUUGAUACCGUCUUCACCCCUGAUUCGGGCAUUGUUCACGCCGCAAAGGCCGUCAUGACGCUCCAGUUCCAGGCUCGCUUCAACGGCGCCGUUCUCAAGGAGAACACACGCGUCGAGGCUGUGACGCCCCAACCCAGCGGCGGCGUAACGAUUGAGACUUCUCAAGGUGUCUAUCACGCUCGCAAGGUCAUCAUUGCUGCUGAUGCAUGGACGAACAAGCUCCUCAAGCCACUCGGCGUUGAGCUCCCCAUCACCGUCAUGCAGGAGCAGGUAACCUACUUCAAGCCCUCUCACGAGCAUGAAGCACAGUUUGCAAACGACAAGUUCCCCGUUUGGAUCUGGGGAGGUGAGAAGUGGUUCUAUGGCUUUCCUCUCUACGGCGAGCCCGCGCUCAAGGCUGGUCAAGACGCUGGAAGAAACGACAUGAAUCCUGAAGAGCGUACAUGGCGGCCCUCGGAGAGAUUGAGCAACGAGCUCAACGGAUUUCUGGAUAGGCUUAUUCCCAAGCGAGGCGAUGAGUUGAAAACCGUCACCUGCCAAUACACAAUCACGCCUGAUCGACAGUUUAUCAUCAGCGAGUUAGAGAAGCACAAGGAUGUUAUUCUCGCUCUCGGUAACGCACAUGCCUUCAAGUUUGCUCCCGCCAUCGGUCGAGUUACUGCUGAGCUUGCAUUGGAUGGGAAGACGACUGAUGAUAUCUCAAAGUUUGGGUUUCCCAAGACAACACCCAGCAAACUGUAGUCCUUGAUGGGGCGGAUAUAACCAAGGAAAUGAAUAGAAGAAGAGGGCUUCUUUGUAGAGGUUCUACGUCUAUUCAAUAUACAUAUUAUGUGCGUGUUGUAUAUUCGGACCACUCUUGAUAUAUAGGAACAUAGUUUUGUAACCAGAUUGCCUGUGUUUCAAGGAAUGGA